AUGAUCGAGCGACAUCAUACCUCCUGGGCAAAGGAGUACGCGGAGAAACGUCUUGGUAUGACAUUGAUUAGGGAGUCUACCUCUUAUCAGGUAUCAAUUGUAAACCAGUCGUUUGAGUACAACAUCAGGUUGACGGAUGAUUUGCAACUGGAGAAAAUCAAGACGCGUCCGUCACGGUGGUUUAGUGCGACGCUAAAGAUGCGGCAAGAAAUGGACGAUGAAAGUUAUAUGAUGGACUCAACGCCCGACAUUCGCUUUUACGUAUCAACUACGGAGAACUUGUCAAAGACUGACUCAUUGUACGUCAAACUGGCGACUUGUUGCAAGAACGCGCCCGACGGCCGUGGUAUCAUUGAAUUUUGCGACGAAACUCGUGAGAAAGUGCGUAUUAGUCGUCACUUAGUGGACGCGGGCGAGUCCCCAGCAUGUAUUGGAACGGUACGGCACGUGCGCGGUGCAACAUACUUUAGUUCAGAGACUGAAACGCAGCUGUCAUUAAUGCAUAUUCGCGAAUUUGGCAUUCCCGACCGAAAUCCCCAAGAUGGCUUCAUGAGCGUUCGUGAUAAGGUUGAAGCUGAAUUUCAGCUACCGCCUUUAACGCCAGAACGUCGCGUGAUGCCUAUGUUUGCCCGUAAUUUCUUGGAUACUGGAAUGAAGUUUGUCGAUUUCUUGCGCACUCAAGCAGAUUUGGAGAUGCCCUAG